AUGAAUGACAAUAACCGUCAUCAAGGGACGCCUGAUUCGACUCUAUUCGACUUAGAUUCGAUUGAAGGUGAUACUAAUGGUGGAGCCCACAAUUCACAUUCAGAUAGGUUCCAGCUUCGUGAUGCUGAUGGGAAUAAUAAUUCUUUGUUUCAAGAGACGAUUGAUUUAGAAAGAGAUGAUAAUAUUGAAAGCGAUGUUAGAAGGAAUCCAUUUAUCAAUGAUAGUGAGGAUGAUGGUUCUUUUGAGUUGAAUAGGUUUGAUGGAGUAGAAAAUCACAAUCCGCAAUUGCAUCAAGUAGGUCGUACUCCUAAUAUUUUUACUAGAGCUUUUAAUCGUGUUAGAAAGGGACUUGGAAGAGAUGCUGAUAGAACUCGUGGUAAUAGAUUUGGUGAAUUUGAAAUGUCAAAUUAUAAUAAAGUUUCAAAUGAUGAAGAUUUAGGAGAUGUUUAUGAUAAGUCUAGAAACCAAUUUGAUAUGAAAAUGCUUUUCAAUCGUUACAUAUUAAGGAAAGGGGGUAGCAACUUAAAUAAUCCCGAUGAACCUAGAUUAAUCCAUCUUAAUGAUAAAACUGCCAAUAAUUCAUUGGGUUAUCGUAAUAACCAUAUUUCUACUACAAAAUAUAAUGCAGGUACGUUCUUACCAAAAUUUUUAUUCCAAGAAUUUUCAAAAUAUGCAAAUUUAUUCUUUUUAUUCACUUCCAUUAUUCAGCAGGUACCGAAUGUUAGUCCAACAAACAGAUAUACAACAAUAGGUACACUGGUGGUUGUUUUGAUAGUUUCAGCCAUUAAAGAAUCUGUUGAAGAUAUCAAGAGAGCUAACUCGGAUAAAGAAUUGAAUUAUUCUAGAGUAGAGGUGUUUUCAGAAAUUGAAGCUGAUUUUGUUAUUAAGAGAUGGGUUGAUAUUCAAGUUGGUGAUAUAGUUAAAGUGAAAUCAGAGGAGGCAGUUCCUGCUGAUUUGAUUGUGUUAUCUUCUUCAGAACCAGAAGGUUUGUGUUACAUCGAAACUGCUAAUCUUGAUGGUGAAACAAACUUAAAAAUUAAACAAUCAAGAAUAGAAACAUCAAAAUAUAUUAAAUCAAGUCAGCUAAGUCAAUUAAGAGGAAAAGUUCUUUCAGAACAACCAAAUUCUAGUUUAUAUACUUAUGAAGGUACUAUGACUCUUAAUGGCCAAGAGAUUCCACUGUCUCCAGAACAAAUGAUAUUAAGAGGUGCCACUUUAAGAAAUACUGCUUGGAUAUUUGGUAUUGUUAUAUUUACUGGUCAUGAAACCAAGUUAAUGCGUAAUGCAACUGCAACACCAAUCAAAAGAACAGCCGUGGAAAGAGUGAUAAAUUUACAAAUUUUGGCAUUGUUUGGUCUUUUAAUUGGUUUAGCUUUAAUAUCAUCAUUUGGUAAUGUUAUAAUGCUAGCUAGCAAGGGUAAUGAACUAUCUUAUUUAUAUCUGGAAGGUACUAGUAGGGUGGGUUUGUUUUUCAAAGAUAUUUUAACUUAUUGGAUUCUGUAUUCGAAUUUGGUCCCUAUCUCUAUGUUCGUCACUGUAGAAUUAAUUAAGUACUAUCAAGCCUACAUGAUAAGUUCAGAUUUGGAUCUAUAUUAUGAAACUACCGAUACACCAACUGUUGUUCGUACUUCUUCUCUUGUUGAAGAAUUAGGUCAAAUUGAAUAUGUCUUUAGUGAUAAAACCGGUACGUUGACAAGAAACAUCAUGGAAUUCAAGUCAUGCUCAAUCGCUGGAAGUUGUUACAUUGAAAAAAUUCCAGAGGAUAAAGCUGCUACAAUGGAAGAUGGUAUUGAAAUUGGAUAUAGAAGUUUCGAUGAAUUAAAUUCAAGAUUGCAUAGUAAAACUUAUGAAGAUUCAAAUGUUAUCAAUUAUUUUUUAACGUUAUUGGCCACAUGUCAUACUGUUAUUCCUGAAUUUCAAAGUGAUGGAUCAAUUAAAUAUCAAGCAGCAUCCCCAGAUGAAGGUGCUCUUGUUCAAGGUGCUGCUGAUUUAGGAUACAAAUUUAUUGUUCGUAAACCUAAUUCUGUAAGAGUUUUAAUUGAAGACAGUGGGGAAGAGAAAGAAUAUCAGUUAUUGAACAUUUGUGAGUUCAAUUCAACAAGAAAGAGAAUGAGUGCAAUUUUUAAACUUCCGGAUGGAUCAAUUAAAUUAUUUUGUAAAGGUGCUGAUACUGUAAUCUUAGAAAGGCUUGAUCCGGAUGAUAAUGAAUUUGUUGAUGCUACUAUGCGCCAUCUAGAAGAUUACGCAUCAGAAGGUUUAAGAACUUUAUGUUUGGGAAUGAGAGAUAUUUCUAAUGAAGAAUAUGAAGAAUGGAGUGAAAUAUAUAAUUCUGCUGCAACUACCCUUGACGAUAGAUCAACCAAGUUGGAUGAAGCUGCUGAAUUAAUUGAAAAGAAUUUGAUUUUGAUUGGUGCCACUGCAAUUGAAGAUAAAUUACAAGAAGAUGUUCCAGAAACAAUUCAUACUUUACAAGAAGCUGGUAUAAGAAUUUGGGUUUUAACUGGUGAUAGACAAGAAACUGCUAUUAAUAUUGGUAUGAGUUGUAGUUUGUUAAGUGAAGAUAUGAAUCUAUUGGUUAUCAAUGAGAACAGUAAAGAGGAUACAAGAAAAAACUUGUUGGAGAAAAUUGCAGCUAUUGAUGACCACCAACUUUCAGCUCAAGAUUUAAGUACAUUGGCUAUGGUUAUUGAUGGUAAAUCAUUGGGGUAUGCCCUUGAACCAGAUUUAGAGGACUAUCUUUUAAAAAUAGGUACUCUAUGUAAGGCUGUUAUCUGUUGCCGUGUGUCUCCCUUACAAAAAGCAUUGGUUGUUAAAAUGGUUAAACGUAAAACGUCGUCUUUACUGUUGGCAAUUGGAGAUGGUGCAAAUGAUGUUAGUAUGAUUCAAGCCGCACAUGUCGGUGUUGGUAUCAGUGGUAUGGAAGGUAUGCAAGCUUCUCGUUCAGCAGAUUUUGCCAUUGGCCAAUUCAAAUACUUAAAAAAAUUAUUAUUAGUACAUGGUUCAUGGUCAUAUCAAAGAAUUUCUGUUGCUAUCUUAUAUUCUUUUUACAAGAACAUUGCAUUAUACAUGGCACAAUUUUGGUAUGUUUUCUCAAAUGCAUUUUCUGGUCAAUCAAUUAUUGAAUCAUGGACGCUUACUUUCUAUAACUUAUUUUUUACUGUUCUUCCUCCAUUUGUGAUUGGUGUUUUUGAUCAAUUCAUUAGCAGUCGUUUAUUGGAAAAAUACCCUCAAUUAUAUAAAUUGGGGCAAAAAGGUCAAUUUUUCUCUGUUCCUAUUUUCUGGGGAUGGGUUGCUAAUGGAUUUUACCAUUCAGCAGUAACAUAUGUUGGUUCAUACUUAUUUUACCGUAACGGUUUUGCUUUAAAUCAUCAUGGUGAAGUAGCUGAUCAUUGGACCUGGGGUACAUCUAUUUAUACUACAAGUGUUCUAAUUGUUUUGGGUAAAGCUGCUUUGAUAACAAAUCAAUGGACAAAGUUUACAUUAUUAGCUAUACCUGGAUCUUUCAUAUUCUGGUUGGUUUUCUUCCCAAUAUAUGCCUCAAUUUUUCCACACGCAAAUGUUUCUACAGAAUAUUUUGGAGUCGUAACACAUACUUAUGGUUCGGCUACAUUUUGGUUAAUGCUAUUAGUUCUUCCAAUUUUUGCUUUACUAAGAGAUUUUGCAUGGAAAUAUUAUAGAAGGAUGUAUAUUCCUCAAGCAUAUCAUGUUGUCCAAGAAAUGCAAAAAUAUAAGAUUAAGGAUUAUAGACCACAAGUACAGCAUUUCCAAAAUGCUAUUCGCAAAGUUAGACAGGUUCAAAGAAUUAAAAAGCAAAGAGGGUUUGCCUUUUCUCAAAGUGAAGAAGGUGGUCAAGAUAAAAUUAUUAGAAUGUAUGAUACAACGCAGCGCAGAGGUAUGUAUGGUGAACUACAUGAUGCAUCCGCGAAUCCAUUUAGGGAUGAGAAUCAAGAAACUAUGUUAGAACAUGAGAGUAUUAAUAGUUUAACUAAUAAUCCAUUUGAAGAUCCAACUAAUGAUGAAAAUUCAGAUUAUGUAAACAUUCAUAAAACUGAUUCAUUCGAAAUUUGA